CGACGCUCCCUAACUGUGCGUUUCGAGUAAGUUCGGAGUUUAUUGACGGUGCCUUAGUCUGUCUGAUGAAAUCUCCUCUUGUUAGCCCUGGGCUUUUCUCUGCCAGAGGAAGAGAGAGGGGGAAAAACGGAACUGGAAAAACUACAGCUGAAUCUGUUGGCGAAUUAGAAAAAUUCAGAGUCCUUCCAGUCAUAAUUUUAAACGAUUCGUUGUUUUCUUUUGUUUCUUUGUAAAUCGACGUUUAAAAGAAACGCAUGUUAAUUUUGCCAACGCGGAAACUCGGCUUCUGCUUCGUGUUCGGCGCGCAGUCUCAUCUCACCAGCGACACACGGCCAGCUUCAGGAUCGCCUUAUAAAACCAACAUGGCUUGUAAAUUGACGUCCGAGUUGAGAAGUGUGGAAUAUGUCAGCUCGAUCCUCAUCACGCCAUCCUCCGUUCCUGUCUCUUCUGUUCUCAAAAAGCGUGCGACUUUAACGAAUCCCCAGAAUACAGCUGCUGUGAAGAUGAACAUGGCGAACGUGGGCGCCGACUGCUUGCACUGUUGGUUUGCAUGGAGAGAAAACCGGCAACAUGCCCUUGUCGUUUAAACAAUAUGGACACUUCGGGAAUUUGACAAUAUUAAACACGGACAGUAUUCUGAACUGCGACACUUUGUUGAUGUCCACUUUUGUUAGUUAUUCGGUAGCUAAUAUUUAGCAGCACAAAUUAAAUAUAAGGGUUCCGCACUCGCGUGCUAGGCUAAUGCUAACGUCGUCCAGCUGGCGCUGAAACUUACUCCAACCACAGGUAUUUCCCACAAUUUUACUUAACUAGUUUACGUCUAAAGUCUGACUUUACCCUUAUAUUUAACAGUUAGGUAUUAAACUAGUUUCGUUUAAAAAAAAAAAAAAAAGGGAAAAUACUUUACUAGCCCAGCUCACUAGCUAAGGUCUAAGAAGUUACCGGUAACAUCAGUUUACACCGUUUUUUCAGUUUCCUAACUCUAUUUAAUUAAUAGUUUGGAUUUAUUAAUAUAUAUUAUAAUGUUUAAAAGUAUGAGCUCAGAGGAACACUUCUCUAAGAGGGGGUCCGGGCCCGCCGCCGCCGCUAGCAUUGAGGUGGGGAGCGACCGUUCGGCUAGCUCGUGGAUUAGCAUGCUGUCAGCGCUGUCUAGGCCUGCGUGGUCGCUCCUGCAGAAAUAUUUCCCAGCAGGACCGCAGGCAGGAAAACCCAACAUUGACUUUGGACAUACGUUAAUGGCAGGUCUUGAUAACUUCAUGCCUUCUGACCAGAGCUCCACUCACCUGCGUGUAGCUUAUGUUCACUGUCAGCAUGAAAACGGCGGGUUUCUGACUUCCGGCGAUGCAGAACCUCUGAGCUGGCUGACAGCAGACUCUCUGAGAGAACUAGGGAUUCAGGACAGCGUGAAUAUGACUUUCAAGGCUCACCAAACAGCCCCAGCUGAAUACAGGUACCUUGCGUUGGCGAGAAAGUUCCUUGGCCAGUUCCUCUCACCAAAAGAAGCAAAGAACAGCGAGCCCAAGUUUGGCAUUUGGUACCCGAAUCCAGCCUCGAGCGGCUCUAACACCUGGUGGUGGCAGGGACUUUGGAGAUCUGACGACCUGCAAAAUCCUCUCGAUGCUUUGUACCAGACUAAAACCACUGCAAAUGCUGAAACAAACUCCCCGCAUUGUAAUAAGCACCUCAUGUGUGAACCAGAUUCCCAGAGGUCACCUGUCCUAUCUGAUCGACCGUUAGGACCCAGCAGCCAGACUGAAUGGGCAAACGGCGAAUGUGCUGGACCGUCACGCUUCAAAGAGUCAGCUGAUCAUGCAAGCCUUCACACAGCCAGGCUGGAAUUCCUCCCAAACCCUUUAGCUCAUGAACACAGCAUCGAAGAGCAUCUGGUCGGUACCAGAGCUGCUGCCGCCUGCAGUGAGGUGGCAGUUCUGACCCCGGAUCAGGACCAUGGAUACUCCAGCUUGGAGGAAGAAAGUGCCAAUGCAAGGCAGUGUAAUAUGAAUGCUGUUUGUGAGUUGUCAGGCCAUGAGAGCUCUGCUGCUUCUCAGGCUGGCGAUCAUGGGCACGGUGGAGAGGGGGACAAAUCUGCUGGCAACACUCAUUGCAUUAAGAGGGUUGUGAACAAGGAAGAUGAAAAGGGAGAGGAGAACGAGCAAAACAAUGAGCUUGAGGUUGUACCUGAGGUUGUGCCAGUCCAGUCCAUCCCUCACUGUCAGAACAAGGCGAUCGCUUACAUCAUGGGCACCCCCUGCAGCGACGAGUCGGACGUGGAUGACAACAGUGACGACGACGAUGACGGCUUUGACAGUGACGAUUUGGAUAACUAUUCUGACUCUGAGGACCUAGACGACAGUGAUGAUGAGGAUGAGGAGGAUGAGGAGGAUUCAGAAUCUGAUGAACUGGACUCAGAGAGUGAAAGACUGUGGAAUUCCAUGUGCCAAACCAGGGACCCCUAUAACCCUCGCAACUUCACCGCCCCAAUUCACACAUCCCAGAAGCUUGGUGCAUCCGUGGUGAACUCGUCUCCUGUGGGAUCCCCAGUAGAACCCGAUUCCUUUUUGUGUUCCUCCCCAUCAUCUCUUUCUUCACCUCUGGAAGAAACCUUGAACGACAUGGAGUCAAGCGAAGAAGGCUGUUCGUCGAUGGAUGAAGCUGAGAGUUUGAAACUUUGGAACUCCUUCAGCUGCUCUUCAGAUCCCUACAGUCCCAUGAACUUUCAGGCGUCAGUCAGGACUCGGCCUCCAGCGAGACAGCGCUGUAAAAAAGGGAAAUCGGUCGAGCCUCUGCUUUAUAGAAAAGAGGAGGCAGAGGAGAGAAUGGACAGCGGAUUCUCAGAGACCACCACUGUCCAUGGCCUCGAAAGUGCGGCAGCUGUCAGGCUAAAAAAGGUGACGUUCAUAGAGGAAGUCGAGGAGUUCUACGCCAGCAGUGACGAGGAGCGGCGCGGCCCGUGGGAGGAAUAUGCCCGAGACCGCUGUCGCUUCCAUCGUCGCAUUCAGGAAGUGGAGGAAAGCAUCAGUUACUGCCUGUCUCCCAAUUUCCGCCUUAACAUCUUACAGAGACUCUACCCUACUAGCUGAUUAAGUUAUUUUUAGUUUAUUUUAUUUUAUGGUUUGCCUUUCGUAGUUAUUUUUGAUUGCACGAGACAGAACUACAUAUCGGGUCUAAUUCAGGGUGAAGAAGAGGCAAAGAAUUGGAGGGGGGGGAAAAACUGAAAGCAUAAAGACUCCCGUGUUGCAGCUUCAUCAGUGUGUGUUAGGGUCCAACGCUUCACUUGAGUCAUACAGUAAAGAACCAUUGUUCUGUGGAGAACUUCAGUAAUGCAGCAUCUUGAUCACCACAAUGACUAAUAAAGGGAAGAAAUACUUCUGUUA